GAAAGUUUUAUUUGUCGUCGGUUACAAUGUGCGGGUUUGAUAUAGUUUGCGCUUAGUGGUUAUUUAUUUGUAGAUAAAGGGUUUAUAGAUGUACGCCAACAUGAUGCAGCAGACAAAGACGUCAUUCUUGAUAAAGGACUUGCUGGGGGACGUUAUCAUCAACAGGGAAGUUGCAGACGACUCGGAGUGUUCAGAAGAAGAGAGAGACAGAGAGAGCGAGGUAAGAUCACGACUGCAGCAUCCUCUACCGCUGAUACUGCAGCAGCACAACUCAUUGCUGAGUCUACACCACGACAGUCAGGACUCAGCAGCCAAGAGUCGCAAACCGCGCAGACGUAGAACGGCCUUCACGCACGCGCAGCUCGCCUACCUGGAGCGCAAGUUCCGCUGUCAAAAGUACCUCUCUGUCGCCGACCGUAGCGACGUGGCGGACGCCCUCAACCUGUCCGAGACCCAGGUCAAGACGUGGUACCAGAACCGUAGGACGAAGUGGAAGAGACAGAACCAGUUGCGGCUGGAACAGCUUCGUCAGCAAGCGUCAGUGGAGAAGGAGAUUCUGCAGCACGGUGGCGCUGACGUGAGCUGCUGCAGUCCUUACCCACCUUCCUCAGCAGCCUGCAACUUCCUGACUACCGCUGCCGCUAUCUUCCGCAACGUCACCUACGUCCACGGCUGUCCUAUAUGAACCGAACCUUCCGUCAACUAUUCGCUUUCGUGAUGUGAAUAGUGAAUUGCCUUUUUGGACAAUAUCUGUUGAAUUUUGGUGAACAUUUUAGUGAAAUCCAUUCAUGUACGAGAAUGUAUUUUUGUCUUCAACUCCUGAGAAAAACUUCUUGCCCAAAUUUGUGAGUCGUGAAAAUGUGUUAGAGGCAAAAUAUCUAUCUUUAAAGAGUUAACUUCAUUAACAUCAAUG